UCUGUCACUGUAAUUGCAUAAACUGCAUCAUCUUCACUGAUUGUUAAAUCAACUCUUGAUAGUGCACAUGCAGUUCAAAAUGUCCAUGUUUCCUGUGUCACAAUAUGGCAAACUUUGACUUAAAUUUCCCCACAAGUGUCUUUAAAAGUAGUAGCUAUGCCAUACAUGGAGAAUGUUUAAUUUUUCCUACCAAAUCCAUAAAUCCACUUCCAUUCCAAAUUAAUGAAUUACAUGCAAACUUUUCUUAGAGUGAAUUAAAGUGCCAGAUGAUUAUUUAGGAAGGUGUCACUGUCAUUAGCAGGGGUGUAAACACAAGAAUAUCAGAAUCCAUGAUCUAUGAUUGGUACACAUUCUAGUCACUAGGUCAGGUGACCUCAUCUGUAUCUAUUUGCUGUUGAAGCUAACUGACAGACAUGCUUGACAGACACAGUGGUGUAAAAGCGGGUUGGGUUCAAAGGUUAAACAAGCGCGUGGAAACAUUUCCUGCUGCCAACUGUGGUAUAUGGGACAGAUGGAAAUAGGCAAGCUGGCACACAAAGAUCAGUCUAUAGGUGACUAAACAUUGUUCCUUACAAGGAUAUUUUGCAGCUUCACACUGACUGGGAGCUGGUAAGGAACAUUAAGAGCUGCAAUGCUGAGAAGAGGCAGGAACGGCCGGGCUCGGCAUUUGGCCUGGAGCGAACCACGGCACGAGACAGAUGCCAUGGCAGUGAUCCAGACAUCGGACAGGGAGGAAUGGGAAGGCCAGACAACGACACAGAUCAGCGACCUGGAGUCGGAGGUGGAUUACCUGCCGAGUUCUCAGACUGUAUGCGAGGUGGUGGCCUUGUCCAGCACUGUACCUGUGAUAGGGGAGUCUUUCUGCCAGUGUGAGCGACAGGAAGAGCUCAGCCUGGGCGACUGCGUCUGUGGGGAGGAGGAUCAGGGUUUUGACUGGUUGUGGGAUGAGCACUUCAAGUCCUCUGGAGCCUUCCUCAGCUGUGACAACAGGAAGGUGAGCUUUCACUCUGACUACAGCUGUGGCACAGCUGCCAUCCGUGGCACCAAAGAGCUCACAGAUGGCCAACACUUCUGGGAAGUCAAGAUGACCUCUCCUGUCUAUGGAACAGAUAUGAUGGUGGGAAUUGGAACUUCAGAGGUGAACCUGGAGAAGUUCAAAUACAGUUUUGGCAGCCUGCUGGGCCAUGAUGAGGACAGUUGGGGUCUCUCCUACACAGGUCACCUCCAGCACAAAGGGGACAAAGUGAAGUUCUCCUCUCGGUUUGGCCAAGGCUCCAUCAUAGGGGUGCACCUGGACACCUGGCAUGGCACCCUGACCUUCUACAAGAAUCGGCACUGCAUAGGUGUUGCUGCCACUAGGCUGCAGAACAAGAAGUUGUACCCCAUGGUGUGCUCCACAGCAGCCAAAAGCAGUAUGAAGGUGAUCCGUGCCUGCUAUACACCCACCUCCCUGCAGUACCUUUGCUGUGCCAGGCUCCGCCAAAUGUUGCCCUGCUGCCCAGACCUACUUAAUGCCCUGGAGCUGCCCCCGGGUCUGCGCACCCUCCUCCAUGCACAGCUAGGAUGGGUCUUCACCCUCAGCAGCAGCUCUGAGGCCUCAGAGGACAACAUGGACUCACCUGAGGAUUUCCACGAGGACAUGAGCCUGCCUUCCAGCCCCAGCCCCAUUCUGAGCCCAGUAUCCAACCUGAGUGCCUGCGCCUCCCCGAGCCCCUGCACAAGCCCGUUUCCUGACACAGACCCAUACCAGUGUUCCUGUCAAAUGUCAUCUCAAACUCAACCCUGCACUUGCCACUGCCCUCCAACUCCUCCCAGCAGUGACUACGAAAGCUGCUGCUCCGAGCCAGAGGAUUACCAAUGUAAAAGAUGCCGCUGGACAUGACAUAAAGAAGUAGUCAAAUGUAUUUACAAGUGUUUGGCAUACAGCUAUUCUACCAUUGCCAUCAAAAUCUCCUGUUGGAAACCAUGGAGAUAAGAGCAAUCUGAUCUUUUAGACAACAUUUCUUAAUCAAAUCAUUGACUUGGAUUGCUGUGCUCUUUUUCAUUUACUCAUUUUUAUGACAUUUGAAAAACUUUUGUCAUGAAUGGGGAGAAGGGAGUGAGUCUGUAGUGAGUGAGACAUUUAAGGAAGUUGAGAUAUUAAAAGUCACAUCUGGGUCAUUCACUCUCAUUUUAGUCAAUUGCUAUUAUGGGGCUAAUGAGAGCCAUUUGUACUGCUCUGAUUUUUUUGUUUAAUUUUAUAAAUAUGCCAGUCACUGUCUUUAGAUUAAACUCUGAAUCUUGUACAAUUCUGGGGGCUAGACUUCAGGGGGAACAGAGUUGCUUUUUGAUACUGUGAAAAUUACUUUUUGUACAGUAAACGUGUGUUUUGUAAUCAGCAAUUGGCUUGAAUAUCAACAGUGGUUGUUUUUUGCUUACAAGAGGAUUUGUUUUUCUAUUUACAGUUAUGCUUUGUUAAUGAACUUUCUUAUUCACUGAA